AUGACCAAGCGAGCCCUACCAAAAGCAGCAUCGUCCCAGGAGCCACGGCUGCCUUACCGCGAACCAGUCAUACUCGUGAAGGCAGUAGAAAUAGUAGCUCAGUUGAUGGUUUUGUCAGCUGUUGCUGGAUUUCUAUUCCUCACUUUCUACAUUUCACGGUUCUCGCUUAAUCUUGUACACGAUUCUGUUGUCAGUGCCUCCGAGAUACUACGAACAUCUUCUCUGACGCCGAUCAUGACGAUGCUCAACGACUGGGAGAACAUUAGCAGCGACGGCAAGGGCCAAGGUUCCGAAUACCCCAAGACCGACAUCUACAUGGGCAGCAGUGGUGCUGAUCCCAGCCCAGCCUACCAAGAAGCAGACAACAUGUUUCCCCAUUGUCCCAACCAGUCGCCCCGACUGGUGAUUAUCGGCGCUACCUGGGGUGGCGUCAGCGUCACAGACGACAUCCGGGCCAUGGUGGCAUCCGACGAUAGCAUUACCUUCGACAUGUACAAUCUCCACAAGGUGUUGACACCUGAUCCAGCUUAUGGAACCGUCAAAACCUUGACAGUACUCUUCCAAUUCGAGGGGUUGAACAACAACGGGGGAGUGCACCUGAUCAAUAUUCCGGAGCAUACCUCGAUUCUCAGCAUCAGCGCAGACAAGCACGCCGAUCCAAAAGAACAGAAACCUGCAGAAAAAAUGUCCCAGUUUGCGCAAACCAUCAACCGACCGUGGCGGACGGGACUUCCCUACAAUGGCUCGGUGGAAAUCCUGGCGGCCUUGUACGGACCGGAGCGCAUCGAAACACCAUCGGUGUUGCAGGAACUGGCCAAGUUCUUCGAGGGAAGGAGAGGCCAGAUCCGCAUGACGAACGCAUUUUGGAAGAAGGACACUUGGCCGGGCGUUAGGAAGUCUUGGACGGUGUACUUUCGGUUCGCGGACUCGAAGCGGAUUCAGGUGGUGACGGGCAUGGAGGACGGCGCGCUGGAGGUGCCCUGGGGAAGGUUCUAA